UUCCUGUUUAGAGCUAUCUAGAAUUGAGUUAGCUAAAAUAAGGCCACGUCAGUUUUGUUUUUGUAUACAUUUUACUAUAUAAAACACUAAGCACUGUUUAAAGUAUUUUAGAUGAAAUAAACAAAAUGGCAUCUAAUGACAUUGGGGACUGGUACAGAGGUAUUCCUCAAAUAUCAAAGUAUUGGUUUACAGGAUCAGUGAUUGUGCCGCUCGUUGGACGAAUAGGACUGCUGAGCCCGUUUUGGUUUCUUUUGGACUUCAAGUCGUUUUUAUACAAAUUUCAGCUAUGGCGACCAAUCACUGCUGCAUUAUACUACCCAAUUUCUGGACCCAAAGGAUUUCACUACUUAAUGAAUCUCUAUUUUCUUUACUCAUAUUCAACAAGACUUGAAACAGAUACAUUUUCUGGGUCCCCCGCUGACUAUGCUUUCAUGCUGCUUUUUAACUGGAUUUGUCUAGUUAUCAUAGGCUUUGCUGCUGAUCUAGCGAUCUUGAUGGAUCCACUAGUGCUCAGUGUUCUUUAUGUAUGGUGUCAGCUAAACAAAGACCAGAUCAUUUCAUUUUGGUUUGGGACUCGUUUUAAGGCAAUGUAUCUGCCUUGGGUUUUGUUUGCUUUCAAUCUCAUCAUUGGAAAUGGAGGUAUGAUGGAGCUGUUUGGCAUUGUUGUUGGCCAUCUGUAUUUCUUCUUGAUGUUCAAAUACCCACAAGACUUCGGUGGUGCCCAGCUUCUUACUGUACCAAAUAUACUCUACCGCUUUUUCCCUAAAACUCGUCCAGCGACUGGGGGAUUCGGUCAAGCACCAGCUUCAAGAAGAACUGAGGGUGGCAAUGAUGGCUGGAGGCAUGACUGGGGGAGGGGGCAGCAGCUGGGAGGUGAUUAAAACAAACUGCUGGGAAAACUUCAGGGGGUC